AUGGAGCGAAUGUUCGAGGCAAAUCAAAAUAAGGCAGGACACCAAGCCAGUUCUGGGCCGCAAGACUCUUCAACAAGUGUACCGAGCAGCAUCUGCGAGCCAUCGAUGAUGGCCGGUGGCCCAACAACAAAUGUCGGUGAAGAUUACGCAAGACAAAUGAUUCCUAAUGUCGAUAUGGACCCGUUUCGAAAGCGCUAUCAUGUUGCUGUCGAUAAAGUCAUGGAGAUCGGUGUACUCGUAGAAGAGCUGAGAGGAGACGUACAAGAGGUGGUUGCUUCCAAUUUACAUAGAGGGAACGACAGCAUUGAUGAAUCAAUAAUCCGCCUCUCGUAUGGGACUGACCUCGAGAUUUGCGAAUCUGGAACACGCCAAAUCUUCUGGUUAAGUGAUGCUGCCGGCACGGGCAAAUCGACAGUAGCCACGACGAUAGCCAAAGAAUGGCAAGGCCAGGGCCGACUCGGAGGUCGAUUCUUCUUCAAUCCCAACGUCGCGUUGGACCAAGAUAUUCGUCAUUUCUGCCGUAUCGUGGCAUACGAUAUAGUAUCCAACCAUCCACAGCUUGCUACAUCCAUCAACUCGAUUCUGAUCGCAAGCCCAGAAGACACAAUGGACUUCGCUAUGCAGUUCGUCCGACUCAUCCUGGAUCCACUUCAGAGCCUGAGCAGCACGACGAGUAUAUUCCUCGUCAUAGAUGCUCUGGAUAAUUGCGAGUUCAAAUCGAGACAGCGGCUGCUGAAUGUCGUACUCAAAGAACUGCGGACGGCGCCAAGGAUCAAGCUCUUGCUGACCAGUAGACCAAUACCAGACAUCGGCGACCGACUCAGCGAUCCCGUAUAUAUAUGCGAGGGACACCUUCUUGACAUCAAUAACCGUUCUCAUGAGGAUAUUGCGCGUUACGUCCGUGCAAAUCUGGACCAACAGCUCGAUAUCAAGGAGCAGGAGCGAAUCGUUCAAUACUCUGAUGGUGUAUUCAUAUGGGCCGCGACAUUCUGCAGAGCGUUCAAACGAAGCAAUCUCGCCAAGCGACUCCUGGACGACUUUUCCCACUCCCAGGUCGCAGAUCCUCUCGACGCGCUGUACCUUGCUGUCCUCAAACAAGCUCUUGUGGACAAAACCGCCGCGGAAGACUUUCGCAAAGUAUUGCAGGUAGUCAUCUCAACCUUUCAGCCCAUCUCCAUCAAUUCCAUCUCCGCGUUGUUCCCAAAGGUGGACGCAGUCAACGAGUUUGUGCAGGACCUCGGUGCGGUGUUCAAGGAUGGACACCCGGACCGACCUAUCAAGGUACUCCACCCGACUUUCAGGGAGUUCAUUGCGUCGAAUGAAGAUCGCGCGAAUGGAUUUCUAGUUCAAAUGGAGCCGUCCCAUUCGAUGCUCGCUAUGGCUUGCUUGGAUAUUCUAGAGAAGACACUCAAAUAUGACAUUCUUGACAUUCGAUCAAGCUUUUCGCACCUCCCGAGGAAUGAAGAGGUCGCAGACUUGGAGAACCGGAUUUUAACCAAAACGUCUGCGGCAUUGCGAUACGCCAGCUCAUACUGGGCCCAUCACGUUUCAGCCUCUGACGAAUCGUGGUCUGACUGGAGAAGGGCUGCCUCCUUCCUACAGAAUCACUAUCUACACUGGGCGGAGUUCAUGGGAUGGCGACGAGCUCUAGCUCAUGGAGUUCGCGGUCUUGCGCGACUUGGAGCUAGGAUCAGAAGAGAUGCCUCGAGAGCACGGUCUCCCAUGACCUCCGAUGAUUUGCUCACCAUACUACACACAGCGCAUUUUGUACACAGGUUUCAAGAUACUAUUCAAGAUUCCGCACUUCACGCAUACACUAUUCCACCUGGGCUUAUCCCGUCAGCUUCACCUCUUGUGAGGUCUACCGCAAAACUUGGCUCCCCUGUCGUCAAAACUAUCGGCUCCAAUUACCUUGAAUGGGCUAUGGGAGCAGUAUCGCUUUCUUUUCCAGGGAGGAUUAGCCAUACUUUACUCUCGCCAGAUGUGAGCCGCGUGGUCAUGGCAGGCUCAAAUGGUCACCUACGCUUAUGGGACACGGAUACAGGGGAAAUUAUACCCACAAUAUUUUCAACUGAGAAUGGCUCGUCUGCUAUUGUGCAAGCUUUGGAGUUUUCACCAGAUGGACGAUACUUGGCAGUCGCCACAACCGCCAAAGAGGUACACCUCUUGGAUAUCUCUAGUGGAGAUACUCUCUGGAAGACUAGACCAUCCAUAGGCCACCUGAAUCUUGCAAUUGCAUCCAUUUUCUUUCUUCUCAAUGAGCCUUAUCUCGCGGUGGUGAUGCACUAUCGAAAAUUCGAUAGAAAUUGGGCAAGUUACAUAACAUUAUACCAUACACUAUCUGGUGAACAGUCACCAAAGAUGAUUGGGCUUUUGUGGUUUGUAGACCGCUUCAAGCUAUGCCCAAACGGAACCCGUGCAGUUUAUACAACCACAGGGGACAGGCGCGUGGAUGGUGCCUCUGUAGCUGACCUCGUCUUUUAUGAUGGGCUUACAAGUAGUGAUCCAACAAACCCUGUUGGUUAUCGUGGAUGCAUUUAUCUUCAGCAUCUUACCUUCUCACCUUCAGACGAGCGUGAUAUUCAGAUCUCAUUGGAUGGUACAAGGAGCGCAAUAUAUGACAUAGACGGAAGAGCACCACUUACACUUGUGGACUGUACCACCGGAAAGGUUAUUAAUAUGGUGGAUCCCGAUGAACCUGCGUCCCACUGUGUUGUUUUUGCGACGCAAGGGAAUAUGAUGGCAACUGCCUCACCCAAAGGAUCAGGCAUUGUCUUACGUGAUCAGUAUACCGGACGAAUCGUAAGACAUGUUCGUACUUCUCAUAGUUUUAGCAAAGUAUGGUUUUCAUCGGACGCCCGGCGCCUUGCCGGUCUCUCGGUAGAUGAACAAAUCAAUGUUUGGGAUGUUGGAACUGGUACCAAGCUCGACACCUUCUUUAGCGGAUACACAAAUUCAAGCUGUGUUACCUUGUCAUGUGAAUGGAGUCACCUUGUGUGCACAGAAGUCCAGGAAGCAUCCAUCUAUGAUUUGGCAUCCAGUCCCACCGGUCCAAAGGCUCGUAAAUCCAAUCAUCACACCCGAAGUGGAAUAUAUAUUGCAGAAAAAUCCAUGCUUGUUCUAAUAUCUGGUCCCCAGAAAGGCAUCAAGGUACUGAGUGUUUGGUCAACAACGAGCGGAACACUGGAGCUCAUUGCGAUUUUGGGAGAGCUUUCAAAUGCAGAUUACUACAAGAAGAGUUGCGUCACACCAGACUUUGAAGAAGUGAUAUGCUGGUCUGAGUUGGGAAAUGCAUCCCUUUACAGUCUUGUCACGCACAAGCAGCUUUCAAGGACUUUCGAGAAAGUCAGGGGCACACCACGGUCACCUGCAGCACGAGUAUGCCUUUCCUCAAGUGGGGAUCGCCUCGCCCUGCUGAAUACUGUGGAGAACGGGGAUAUUAUCCAGGUUUGGGAGUAUAAGACUGGUAGACAUAUCAUGAAUGCGUAUAGGAAUCCGGAAUCUGUUACUUCAUAUACGACGAGUGACACACAUCUGGCAGUGGCUACAUCCAAUCACGUCUUCGUCUAUCAAAUGGAUGGCAGCGCCAUCAUAUCACUUGAUAUUCCUGCAAGGCUUAUGGCGUUCUCUCCUGACUCGCGUAGUUUGGCAGUCCUUCACCAAGUUGGGCGCCUCGGAAAACCACGCAUUCAGCUAUGGGAUCUGGAUAAUUCUAAAGGGAAGCUUGUAGGCGAGGGAGACAACGAGGAUCCCAAAUCAGUGUCCACACAGUGUAAACUGGGGUUUUCCUCUGAUGGGAAGUUUAUUGUGCUUGGAUCGAGCUUGACGAAACCAAAAUCUCUCCAAGCUUACCCAUACUCACUUCUCACCUACGCGGAUGGAUGGAUUCACUCUGCAUUCCCACCAGGUCCAAUCGUACCGAUCCCCACACAUCUACAAUUACUUUUCGCCCUUGACACCCCUUAUCAGCCACACCUAUGGUUAGCAAGCGGGAAUGCCAUGCUGGUCUGGACCAGGACUUCGGAACCUCUUAUAUUCGAUUUCUCGGAGUUUGUAUCACAUUGA